AUGCCCAUCCCAAUAGAAACUUGGUACUAUGAUGUACCAUUGGUGACCCGACUCUACGCCACUGGCGCGGCACUUGUUGCCCUUGCUGUGCAAACAGGAUUCACUAAUGCUUUUCAACUUUACUUUGACUAUGAGUUGGUUUUUUACAAGCACCAGUUCUGGAGACCGAUCACAACAUUCUUGUACUUUGGGCCUCUGGGCCUUGAUUUCGUAUUUCAUAUGUUCUUUUUAGUUCGAUACAGCAGGAUGCUGGAAGAAGGAUCAUUCUAUGGACGUACAAUGGAUUAUGCUUGGAUGUUAUUCCUCUCGGCAUUUUCGCUUUUGUGCCUUUCACCAUUUGUAGCCAUGCCGUUUUUAGGAUCGCCUCUGGCAUUCACACUCGUUUACAUCUGGUCUCGUCGCAAUCCUUCAAUCCCACUCAAUUUUUUGGGCUUGUUUGUUUUUACAGCGCCAUAUCUACCGUGGGUUCUACUCGGAUUCACCCUAUUGUUGAACAGCCACUUCCCAACAGGUGAUCUGAUGGGCAUCGCAGUCGGCCAUAUAUACUAUUUCUUUGAGGAUGUCUGGCCAAAGGAGCUGGCAUCAGGCGGCAGACGUUAUCUUCAGACGCCAUCAUUUCUGUAG